CUGGAGCAAGCAGUUAGUAAAGAUGUCAAAGGUCAAGAGUUCACACCUGGAAUUGUUCCAGAUGUUGAAGUCCACAUUGAAGAGCAGCAGAAAGCACCAGAAAGUCUUGCCACAGAUUGUCUUCUCAUUUCUGAAUCAUCUGAAAAUAAAAUGAAUCAUGAAUUGCAAAAAAAGUUUUCUCAUGAAGUUGAUAGUGAAAAACUGGAACUGUCUUCUAAAGUGGUACAUAUAUGUGAUGAACAUCAAAGUGAAAAUGAAAUGGAACUGACAGAAAACAUCAAAGUCAUUGCACAACAGGACGUUGUGCAGCAAGAAGAACUACAGUUGUCAGAGGAACCUAAAAUGGAGGUAUCCCCAGAAGAAUUAAGGGCUCCAAAAUUAACAAUUGAAUCUGUCUCUGUUCCACCAGAAACCUUAAUGUCCCCAUGUGAGGAAAGUACUUCUUUAUGUUCUAAAGAACAGUUGUCUACAGAAAGGUUACAAGAAGAAAUGGAACAGAAAGGAAAUUCUGAAUCUUCCACUGGGUUUAUGGAAUUUGAAAUGACUCCUGCAAUUGAGGGUUAUGUAAAAGAUAGUUCAUGCCAAGGAGAGAGAUCUUUAAAUUUACCAUCUGAGACAGAGUCAUCGUUUUCAUCAGCAGUAGACAUAAGCAAGGCAACUCAUUCUUCAGACUUGCCUUCCCAUGACAUGUUGCAUCAUAGUUACCCAUCAACUCUCAAUUCUUCUGCUGGACACAUCAUGCCAACAACUUAUAUCUCAGUCACUCCAAAAAUUGGCAUGGGUAAACCAGCUAUUACCAAAAGAAAGUUUUCUCCUGGUAGACCUCGGUCCAAACAGGGGGCUUGGAGUACUCAUAAUACAGUGAGCCCUUCUACCUGGUCCCCAGACAUUUCAGAAGGUCGGGAAAUUUUUAAACCCAGGCAGCUUCCUGGCAGUGCCAUUUGGAGCAUCAAAGUGGGACGUGGGUCAGGAUUUCCAGGAAAACGGAGACCUCGUGGUGCAGGACUGUCAGGACGAGGUGGCAGAGGUCGAUCAAAAUUAAAAAGUGGAAUUGGAGCUGUUGUAUUACCUGGGGUGUCUACUGCAGAUAUUUCAUCAAAUAAGGAUGAAGAAGAAAACUCUAUGCACAAUACAGUUGUUUUGUUUUCUAGUACUGACAAGUUCACUUUGCAUCAGGAUAUGUGUGUAGUUUGUGGAAGUUUUGGCCAAGGAGCAGAGGGAAGAUUACUUGCCUGUUCCCAAUGUGGUCAGUGUUACCAUCCAUACUGUGUCAGUAUUAAGAUCACUAAAGUUGUUCUUAGCAAAGGUUGGAGGUGUCUCGAAUGCACUGUAUGUGAGGCCUGUGGGAAGGCUACUGACCCAGGAAGACUCCUUCUUUGUGAUGAUUGUGACAUAAGUUAUCACACCUACUGCCUAGAUCCUCCAUUGCAGACAGUUCCCAAAGGAGGCUGGAAGUGCAAAUGGUGCGUUUGGUGCCGACACUGUGGAGCAACAUCUCCAGGUCUAAGAUGUGAAUGGCAAAACAAUUACACACAGUGUGCUCCUUGUGCAAGUUUGUCUUCAUGCCCAGUCUGCUACCGAAAUUACAGAGAAGAUGAUCUUAUUCUGCAGUGUAGACAAUGUGAUAGAUGGAUGCAUGCAGUUUGUCAAAACUUAAAUACUGAGGAGGAAGUGGAAAAUGUAGCCGACAUUGGUUUUGAUUGUAGCAUGUGCAGACCCUAUAUGCCUACAUCAAAUGUGCCUUCCUCAGACUGCUGUGAAUCGUCACUUGUAGCACAAAUUGUUACAAAAGUAAAAGAGCUAGAUCCACCCAAAACCUACACACAGGAUGGUGUUUGUUUGACUGAAUCAGGGAUGAGUCAGUUACAGAGCCUCACAGUUACAGUUCCAAGAAGAAAACGGUCAAAACCAAAGUUGAAAUUGAAGAUUAUAAAUCAGAAUAGCGUGGCUGUCCUUCAGACCCCUCCAGACAUCCAGUCAGAGCAUUCAAGGGAUGGUGAAAUGGAUGAUAGUAGAGAAGGAGAACUUAUGGAUUGUGAUGGAAAAUCAGAAUCUAGUCCUGAGCGAGAAGCUGUGGAUGAUGAAACUAAGGGAGUAGAAGGAGCAGAGGGUGUCAAAAAAAGAAAAAGGAAACCAUACAGACCAGGUAUUGGUGGAUUUAUGGUACGGCAAAGAAGUCGAACUGGGCAAGGAAAAACCAAAAGAUCUGUGAUAAGAAAAGAUUCCUCAGGCUCUAUUUCUGAGCAGAUACCUGCCAAAGAUGAUGGCUGGAGUGAGCAGUUACCAGAUACUCUAGUUGAUGAAUCUGUUUCUGUUGCUGAAAGUACUGAAAAAAUAAAGAAGAGAUACCGAAAAAGGAAAAAUAAACUUGAAGAAACCUUCCCUGCCUAUUUACAAGAAGCUUUCUUUGGAAAAGAUCUUCUAGAUACAAGUAGACAUUACAAGCUGAGUUUAGAUAAUCUAUCAGAAGAUACAGCUCAACUUUCAUGUAAAACAAACAUGAAUGCAAAUUUCUUGGAACCUUCCUUAGAUCCACUACUUAGUUCAUCCUCAACUCCAGCAAAACCUGCAACCCAAGGUACUACUGAUGACCCAUUAGCUGAUCUUUCAGAAGUAUUAAACACAGAUGAUGACAUCCUUGGAAUAAUUUCAGAUGACCUAGCAAAAUCAGUUGAUCAUUCAGAUAUUGGUCACGUCGAUGAUGAUUCUUCCUCUGUGCCUCAGCCAAGUGUCAAUCAGAGUUCACGACCAUUAAGUGAAGAGCAACUAGAUGGAAUCCUCAGUCCUGAAUUAGACAAAAUGGUCACAGAUGGAGCAAUUCUUGGGAAGUUAUAUAAAAUUCCAGAGCUUGGAGGAAAGGAUGUUGAAGACUUAUUUACUGCUGUACUUAGUCCUGCAACAACUCAGCCAACUCCAUUACCACAGCCUCCACCCCCAUCACAGCUGUUGCCAAUACAUAAUCAGGAUAUUUUUUCACGGAUACCACUCAUGAAUGGCCUUAUUGGACCCAGUCCUCAUCUCCCACAUAAUUCAUUGCCUCCUGGAAGUGGAUUGGGAACUUUCUCUGCUAUAGCACAACGCCCUUACACUGAUGCCAGGGAUAAAAAUACAGCAUUUAAUCCAAUGGUGAGUGAUCCUAAUAGCUCCUGGUCAUCAUCAGUACCUACCAUGGAAGGAGAAAAUGAUACAAUGUCAAAUACUCAGAGAAGUACACUUAAGUGGGAGAAAGAAGAAGCUUUGGGUGAAAUGGCAACAGUAGCACCAGUUCUCUACACAAAUAUUAAUUUUCCUAACUUAAAGGAAGAAUUCCCUGACUGGACUACCAGAGUGAAGCAGAUUGCUAAAUUGUGGAGAAAAGCAAGCUCACAGGAAAGAGCACCAUAUGUGCAAAAAGCUAGAGAUAACAGAGCUGCUUUACGUAUUAAUAAAGUACAGAUGUCAAAUGAUUCCAUGAAAAGGCAACAACAACAAGAUAGCAUUGAUCCCAGCUCUCGUAUUGAUUCAGAUCUUUUUAAAGAUCCUUUAAAGCAAAGAGAGUCGGAACAUGAACAGGAAUGGAAAUUUAGACAGCAAAUGCGUCAGAAAAGUAAGCAGCAAGCUAAAAUUGAAGCCACACAGAAACUUGAACAAGUGAAGAACGAACAGCAACAACAGCAACAGCAGCAGCAAUUUGGUUCUCAGCAUAUUCUGACACAAUCUGGUUCAGAUACACCAAGCAGUGGGAUCCAGAGUCCCUUGACUCCUCAGCCUGGCAAUGGAAGUAUGUCUCCUGCACAGUCUUUCCAUAAAGACCUGUUUACAAAACAACUUUCGAGUACCUCUACUUCUUCAACUUCAGAUGAUGUCUUUGUAAAGCCACAAGCUCCACCACCUCCUCCAACCCCAUCCCGGAUUCCCACUCAGGAUACUCUUUCUCAGUCUCAAGCUUCUCAGUCACCGUCCCCACAGAUGUUUUCACCUGUAUCUUCUAACUCCCAACCACCAUCGCCAGUGGAUCCUUAUGCUAAAAUGAUUGGUACUCCUAGACCACCUCCAGUAGGCCAUAGUUUUCCCAGAAGAAAUUCUGUUCCACCAGUGGAAAACUCUGGACCAUUAUCAUCAGUAUCUAGGCCCAUUCAAAUAAAUGAAACAACAGCAAAUAGGCCAUCGCCAGUCAGAGAUUUGUGUUCUUCCUCCACGACAAAUAGUGACCCCUAUGCAAAGCCUCCAGAUACACCUAGACCUAUGGUGACAGAUCAGUUUCCCAAAUCUUUGAACCUACCCAGAUCUCCUGUAGUUUCAGAACAAACUGCAAAAGGUUCUGUAACAUCUGGAACCAGUGAUUCCUUUACUAAACCAUCUCCUAGGGCAGAUGUGUUUCAGAGACAGCGGAUCUCUGACCCAUAUGCACAACCUUUGUUGACACCUGCACCUCUUGAAAGUAGUCCUGGACCCUUUAAGACUCCAAUACAGCCCCCUUUAUCCUCCCAGGAUCCUUAUGGAUCAGUGUCACAGGCACCAAGGCGAAUGUCUGUUGACCCUUACGAACGACCUGCUUUGACACCAAGACCUGUAGAUAGUUUUUCCCAUAGUCAGACCAGUGAUCCAUAUAGCCAGCCUCCCCUCACUCCACAUCCAACAAUGAGUGAAUCUUUUGCCCCUCCUUCAAGACCUUUUUCCCAGACUGUCACCAUAUCAAGGCCAAUAUCUCAGGACCCAUAUUCUCAGCCCCCAGGAACUCCACGACCUGUUGUUGAUUCUUAUUCCCAACCUUCAGGAACAGCACGAUCCAAUCCAGACCCUUAUUCUCAACCUCCUGGAACUCCCCGGCCCACUACCAUUGAUCCAUAUAGUCAGCAGCCACCAACCCCAAGGCCAUCUACACAAACAGACUUGUUCAUUACAUCUACAAAUACUCAGAGGCAUUCUGAUCCAUAUGUUCAUCCUCCAGGAACACCAAGACCUGGAGUUUCUGCUCCUUACUCUCAGCCACCAAGGCCAAGGAUUUCAGAGGGUUUUACUAGGCCCUCAAUGACAAGACCAGUCCUCUUGCCAAAUCAGGAUCUUUUCCUGCAGGCAGCACAAAAUAGAGGACCAGCUCUGUCUGGCUCUUUGGUAAGGCCACCUGAUACGUGUUCCCAAACACCCAGGCCACCUGGACCUAGUUCUUCGGACACAUUUAACCGUGUUUCCCCAUCUGCUGCCCAUGAUCCCUAUGAUCAGUCUCCAGUGACUCCAAGAUCUCAGUCAGACUCUUUUGGAACAAGUCAAGUUACUCAUGAUGUCACUGAUCAUCCAAGGACUACUGCAGAGGGAAACUUUAGUGCAUCUUCAAACUCUCCACUGAAUUCCCAAAGUCAACCAUUUUCCAGUGUCUCCCAAAUUCCUGGACCUGUUCCGACUUCAGGAGUAACUGAUACACAGAAUACCAUCAAUAUGACUCAAGCAGAUUCAGAGAAAUUGAGACAGCGGCAAAAGUUACGUGAGAUCAUUCUCCAGCAGCAACAGCAGAAGAAGAUUGCUGGUCGUCAGGAGAAGGGGUCACAGGAUUCACCAGUAGUGCCUCAUCCAGGGCCCCUUCAGCACUGGCAACCAGAGAAUAUCAACCAGACUUUUACGAGACCUCCACCUCCCUAUCCUGGGAACAUAAGAUCUCCUAUUGUCCCUCCUCUAGGGCCUAGAUAUACUAUUUUCCCAAAAGAUCAACGUGGGCCCUAUCCUCCUGAUGUUGCUGGUAUGGGAAUGCGACCUCAUGGAUUUAGAUUUGGAUUUUCAGGAGGUAGUCAUGGUACCCUGUCAAGUCAGGAGCGCUUCCUUGUGCCUCCUCAACAAAUACAAGGAUCUGGAGUUCCUCCACAACUCAGAAGAUCAAUAUCUGUAGAUAUACCUAGGCCUUUAAAUAAUUCACAAAUGAAUAAUCCAGUUGGACUUAGUCAGCAUUUUCCACCACAGAGUCUGCCAGUUCAACAGCAUAACAUAUUGGGCCAAGCAUUUAUUGAAUUGAGGCAUAGGACCCCUGAUGGAAGGCCACGGCUGCCCUUUGGUGCUUCUGCUGGCAGUGUUAUAGAGGCACCAUCUCAUCCAAGACACGGAAGCUUCAUUCCCCGGCCAGACUUCCCGGGCCCUAGACACACAGAUCCUGUAAGACGACCUCCCCAAGGUCUACCUAAUCAGCUGCCUUCGCAUCCAAAUUUGGAGCAAGUGCCAGCAUCACAGCAAGAGCAAAAUCAUCCUACACAUUCAUCUUCUGUGGUCAUGAGGUCUCUGAGUCAUUCCUUAAGUGGUAAAUUCUCAGAGUCGUCUUUGUCAGCAUCUACACCAGCAGAAACACCAGCUGAUAAUUUACAGAUAACCAACCAGUCUUCUGAUGGUCUUGAAGAAAAACUUGAUUCUAUUGACCCAUCUGUAAAAGAACUAGAUGUCAAAGACCUUGAGGGGGUUGAAGUCAAAGACUUAGAUGAUGAGGAUCUUGAAAAUCUAAAUCUGGAUACAGAAGAUGGCAAGGGAGAUGAAUUGGAUACUUUAGGUAAUUUGGAAACUAAUGACCCCAACCUGGAUGACCUCUUGAGAUCAGGAGAAUUUGAUCUAAUUGCGUAUACAGAUCCAGAACUUGAUUUGGGAGAUAAGAAAAGCAUGUUUAAUGAAGAACUCGACCUUAAUGUUCCAAUCGAUGAUAAUCAGUGUAUGUCUAUUGAACCAAAAAAAAAGGAGCAUGAAGACAAAACUUUAGUUCUUUCUGAUAAACAUUCUCCACAGAAAAAAUCCCCUGUUACCAGUGAGAUAAAAACAGAAGUACUGUCUCCAAAUUCUAAAGAGGAAACAAAACAUGAAAUUGAGAAAAGUGAAGGUAAAACUACUGUUGAUAUUCCCUGCUCACCAGCUUCUAAUAACACAGACCUUAACAAUGGAGAAAAGGAUUCUUUAAAGCCUUGUAAUCCAGAGCUACCUGAGAAAAGAACUAAUCAGGAAAUUGCUAACACCAACACAAGUGCUCAAGGACCCACUCAGCUGCCUGCUGAAGAUGUAAUAAACUCUUGUGGCAUAACUGGAUCAACUCCCGUUCUCUCAAGUUUACUUGCUAAUGAAAAGUCAGAUAAUUCAGACAUUAGGCCAUUGGGAUCUCCACCAACAACUUUGCCAGCCUCACCAUCCAGUCAUGUGUCAAGUUUGCCUUCUACUUUAAUGACACCACCUGGCCAUGUUUUGGAUAAUACCAUGAAUUCUAAUGUGGCAGUAGUCUCCAGGGUAAACCAUACUUUUUCUCAGGGUGUGCAGGUAAAUCCAGGAUUUGUUCAGAGUCAGUCAACAAGUCACAGUUUCGGGACAGGAAAACCGACAAAUCAAAUUGUACCUCUCACAAAUCAGUCUGGUACCACUGGCAUGUCUGGACCUCAGCAGCUAAUGAUUCCUCAAACAUUAGCCCAGCAAAAUAGAGAGAGGCCCCUCCUUCUAGAGGAACAGCCUCUACUUCUACAGGAUCUUUUGGAUCAAGAGAGGCAAGAACAGCAGCAGCAAAGAAAGAUGCAAGCCAUGAUACGUCAGCGGUCAGAACCAUUCUUCCCUAAUAUUGAUUUUGAUGCAAUUACAGAUCCUAUAAUGAAAGCCAAAAUGGUGGCCCUUAAAGGCAUAAAUAAAGUUAUGGCACAAAACAAUAUGGGCAUGCCACCAAUGGUUAUGAACAGGUUCCCAUUUAUGGGUCAGUCAGUGGCUGGAGCACAAAUCAGUGAAGGCCAGAAUCUCAUACCACAGGCAAUGACUCAGGAUGGCAGUAUAACACAUCAGAUUUCUAGGCCUAAUCCUCCAAAUUUUGGUCCAGGCUUUGCCAAUGAUUCACAACGUAAACAGUAUGAAGAAUGGCUUCAGGAGACCCAGCAGCUUCUUCAGAUGCAGCAGAAAUAUCUUGAAGAACAAAUUGGUGCACACAGAAAAUCUAAGAAAGCCCUUUCAGCUAAGCAACGUACUGCCAAGAAAGCUGGGCGUGAGUUUCCAGAAGAGGAUGCAGAACAACUCAAGCAUGUUACUGAGCAGCAAAGCAUGGUUCAGAAACAGUUGGAACAGAUUCGUAAACAACAGAAAGAGCAUGCAGAACUGAUUGAAGAUUAUCGCAUCAAACAGCAGCAGCAGCAGUGUGCAAUGGCCCCACCUCCCAUAAUGCCUGGUGUCCAGCCCCAGCCACCUCUUGUUCCAGGAGCCACUCCACCCUCCAUGAGCCAACCCAACUUCCCUAUGGUGCCACAGCAGCUACAGCACCAGCAACACACAACAGUCAUUCCUGGCCAUACCAGCCCUGCUAGAAUGCCCAAUUUACCUGGCUGGCAGCCUACCAAUGCUUCUGCUCACCUGCCCCUCAAUCCUCCUAGGAUUCCACCCCCAAUUGCCCAGUUACCGAUAAAAACUUGCACACCAGCCCCAGGGACAGUAUCAAACACAAAUCCACAGAGUGGACCACCACCACGAGUAGAAUUUGAUGACAAUAACCCCUUCAGUGAAAGUUUUCAAGAAAGGGAACGUAAGGAACGUUUACGAGAACAACAGGAAAGACAACGAAUCCAACUCAUGCAAGAAGUAGACAUACAAAGAGCUUUGCAGCAAAGGAUGGAAAUGGAGCAACAUGGCAUGAUGGGCUCAGAGCUCAGUAGUAGGACAUCUGUGUCCCAGAUUCCAUUCUAUAGUUCUGAUUUAUCUUGUGAUUAUAUGCAACCUUCAAGAUCCCUUCAGCAGUCUCCACAACACCAACAGCAAAUGGGACAGGUUUUACAGCAGCAAAAUAUACAACAAGGAUCUGUGAAUUCUCCCACUACCCAUACUUUCAUGCAAACCAAUGAGCGAAGACAGGUAGGACCUCCCUCAUUUAUUCCUGAUACACCAUCAAUUCCUGGUGGAAGCCCAAAUUUCCAUUCUGUUAAGCAGAUUCAUGGAAGUCUUUCCGGAACCAGCUUCCAGCAGUCCCAAGUGAGGCCUCCUUUUACACCUACAUUGACAGAAGCAUCUUCAGUAGCUAAUAGUGGUCUUCCAUGUGGCCAAGACCCUGCUGUAACCCAUGGACAAAAUUACCCAGGAUCAAACCAGUCUCUCAUUCAAUUGUAUUCUGACAUAAUUCCAGAAGAGAAAGGGAAAAAGAAAAGAACAAGAAAAAAGAAAAAAGAUGAUGAUACAGAAUCCACCAAGGCACCAUCAACUCCCCAUUCAGAUGUAACUGCUCCCCCAACUCCAAGUAUCUCAGAAACUACCUCUACUCCUAUAGUGAACACACCCAAUGAGCUUCCUCAGCAAGUAGAACAAGAGUCUGUGGAACCAGUAGGCCCACCAACCCCUAAUGCAGUAGCUGGCCAGUUGUAUGCAGAAUCAGAAAGCAAACUGCUCAGUAGUGAUUGUUCACAAGGGACUCCAAAUCAACAGACUCACGCAAAUCCAGACAUGGAUAAAUUCUCCAUGGAAACCCCUGCUGAAAUUGAAGAGGUAAAACUAGAACAGACUGAAACAGAGGAAUGCCCUGGCCAAGACAAGCCUAAAUUGGAAGAACAAACCAGUAAUAAGGUAGAAGAAAAAGCUGUACCCCAUCCUAUCUCCUCAGCACAGAGCCCUCCUCAUCUGGUUGGAGGCCCUGCUACCAAAGGAGAUGCAGGGAACGAACUUCUGAAACACUUGUUGAAAAAUAAAAAGUCAUCUUCCCUUAUAAAUCAAAAACCAGAAAGCAGUUUUUGUUCAGAAGAUGACUGUACAAAGGAUAACAAAUUAGUUGAGAACCAGAAUCCAGCUGAAGGAUUGCAAACUUUGGGGGCUCAAAUGCAAGGUGGUUUUGGAUGUGGCAGCAGCCAGUUGCCAAAAACAGAUGGAGGGAGUGAAACCAAGAAACAGCGAAACAAACGGUCUCAGAGAACUGGAGAGAAAACAGCACCUCGCUCAAAGAAAAGGAAGAAAGAUGAAGAGGAAAAACAAGCUAUGUACUCAAAUACUGAUACAUUCACCCACUUGAAACAGGUGAAGCAGCUCUCUCUGCUCCCUCUAAUGGAACCAAUCAUUGGAGUGAACUUUGCACACUUUCUUCCUUAUGGCAGUGGCCAAUUUAAUAGUGGGAAUCGACUUCUAGGAACUUUUGGCAGUGCUACCCUUGAAGGGGUUUCGGAUUACUAUUCUCAGUUGAUACACAAGCAGAAUAAUUUAAGUAAUCCUCCAACACCCCCUGCCUCUCUUCCUCCUACACCACCUCCUAUGGCUUGUCAGAAGAUGACAAAUGGUUUUGCAACAACUGAAGAGCUUGCUGGAAAAGCUGGAGUGUUAGUAAGCCAUGAAGUUACCAAAACUCUAGGACCUAAACCAUUUCAGCUACCGUUCAGACCACAGGAUGACUUGUUAGCCAGAGCUAUUGCUCAAGGCCCAAAGACAGUUGAUGUUCCAGCUUCACUUCCAACACCACCUCAUAAUAAUCAGGAAGAAUUGAGGUUACAGGAUCACUGUGGUGAUAGGGAUACCCCUGACAGUUUUGUUCCCUCGUCCUCUCCUGAAAGUGUGGUUGGUAUGGCAGUGAGCAGAUACCCAGAUCUGUCGUUAGUCAAAGAGGAGCCUCCUGAACCUGUACCCUCCCCAAUUAUUCCAAUUCUUCCUAGCAAUACCGGGAAAAGUUUAGAAUCUAGGAGGAAUGACAUCAAAAGUGAGCCAGGCACUUUAUUUUUCACAUCACCUUUCGGUACAUCCCCAAAUGGCCAUAGAUCGAGCCUUAUAUCUGUAGCAAUUACUCUGCAUCCUACAGCUGCUGAGAACAUUAGCAGUGUUGUGGCUGCAUUUUCCGAUCUUCUUCAUGUCCGAAUUCCUAACAGCUAUGAGGUUAGUAGUGCUCCAGAUGUUCCAUCCAUGGGUUUGGUCAAUAGCCACAGAAUAAACCUAGGUUUGGAGUAUCGACAGCACUUACUUCUUCGUGGACCUCCACCAGUGUCUACAAACCCUCCCAGAUUAGCAAGUUCUUACCAGCUAAAGCAGCAUAAUGUACCAUUUCCUCCAACAAGCAAUGGUCUUGCUGGAUAUAAGGAUUCAAAUCAUUGUAUUGCAGAAGGCUCGGCACUCAGACCACAAUGGUGUUGUCACUGUAAAGUGGUAAUUCUGGGUAGCGGUGUGCGGAAAUCUUUCAAAGAUCUAACCUUUGUGAGCAAGGAUUCCCGAGAAAGCUCCAGUAGAAUGGAGAAGGACAUUGUCUUUUGUAGUAAUAACUGCUUUAUUCUUUAUUCAUCAUCUGCACAAGCAAAAAGCUCAGAAAGCAAGGAAUCCAUUCCUUCAUUGCCACAGUCACCUAUAAAAGAUGGGUCGUCCAAAGUAUUCCAUCAGUACAGUAACAACAUCUCCACUUUAGAUGUGCAUUGUCUCCCACAACUUCAGGAAAGAGUGUCUUCUCCUGCAUCACCUCCCAUUACUUUCCCUCGUGCUUUUGAAGCAUCCAAAGUAGAGGCAAAGCCAGAUGAACUUAAGGUAACUGUCAAGUUGAAGCCCCGGCUAAGAACUGUGCCUGGUGGGUUUGAUGACUAUAGGCCUUUAAAUAAAAAAUGGAGAGGAAUGAAGUGGAAGAAAUGGAGCAUUCAUAUUGUCAUCCCCAAGGGAACAUUCAAACCACCUGGUGAGGAUGAAAUUGAUGAAUUUCUGAAGAAAUUGGGCACUUCCCUUAAACCAGAUCCUGUGCCCAAGGACUAUAGGAAGUGUUGCUUUUGUCAUGAAGAAGGUGAUGGAUUGACGGAUGGACCAGCAAGGCUGCUCAACCUUGACUUAGAUCUGUGGGUCCACUUGAAUUGUGCUCUGUGGUCCACAGAGGUCUAUGAGACUCAGGCUGGUGCCUUAAUCAAUGUGGAGCUAGCACUGAGGAGAGGCCUGCAAAUGAAAUGUAUCUUCUGUCAUAAAAUGGGUGCCACCAGCGGGUGUCACAGAUUUCGAUGCACCAACAUUUACCACUUUACUUGCGCCAUUAAAGCACAAUGCAUGUUUUUUAAGGACAAAACAAUGCUUUGUCCCAUGCACAAACCAAAGGGAAUUCAUGAGCAAGAAUUAAGUUACUUUGCAGUCUUCAGGCGGGUUUAUGUUCAACGUGAUGAAGUACGGCAGAUUGCUAGCAUUGUGCAGCGAGGAGAGCGUGACCAUACCUUUCGUGUUGGAAGCCUCAUCUUCCACACCAUUGGCCAGCUGCUCCCACAGCAAAUGCAAGCAUUCCAUUCUCCUAAAGCACUCUAUCCUGUGGGUUAUGAAGCCAGCCGAUUGUACUGGAGCACUCGCUAUGCCAACCGGCGCUGUCGCUAUCUCUGUUCCAUUGAGGAGAAAGAUGGGCAUCCAGUGUUUGUGAUCAGGAUUGUGGAGCAAGGCCAUGAAGACUUGGUCUUAAGUGACACAUCACCCAAAGGUGUUUGGGAUAAAAUUUUGGAACCUGUGGCAUGUGUGAGAAAAAAGUCUGAAAUGCUCCAGCUCUUCCCAGCAUACUUAAAAGGAGAAGAUCUGUUUGGAUUAACAGUCUCUGCAGUGGCACGCAUAGCUGAAUCACUACCUGGGGUUGAGGCAUGUGAAAACUAUACCUUCAGAUAUGGCCGAAAUCCUCUCAUGGAACUUCCUCUUGCCAUUAACCCCACGGGUUGUGCCCGUUCUGAACCUAAAAUGAGUACCCAUGUCAAGAGGCCUCACACUUUGAACAGCACCAGCACUUCAAAGUCAUUUCAGAGCACAGUCACUGGAGAGCUGAAUGCGCCUUACAGUAAGCAGUUUGUCCAUUCCAAGUCAUCUCAGUAUCGGAAAAUGAAGACUGAAUGGAAAUCCAAUGUGUAUCUAGCCCGGUCUCGGAUUCAGGGACUGGGCCUAUAUGCUGCUAGAGACAUUGAGAAGCACACCAUGGUCAUUGAAUAUAUUGGAACUAUCAUUCGAAAUGAAGUAGCAAACAGAAAAGAAAAACUUUAUGAGUCUCAGAACCGCGGCGUGUACAUGUUCCGCAUGGAUAACGACCAUGUUAUUGAUGCCACACUUACAGGAGGGCCUGCGAGAUAUAUCAACCAUUCAUGUGCACCCAAUUGUGUGGCUGAAGUGGUGACUUUUGAGAGAGGACAUAAAAUUAUCAUCAGCUCCAACCGGAGAAUCCAGAAAGGAGAAGAGCUUUGCUAUGACUACAAGUUUGACUUUGAAGAUGACCAGCACAAGAUCCCGUGUCACUGUGGCGCUGUGAACUGCCGGAAGUGGAUGAACUGA